AUGAAGUUCCUCGCCACCGUUGGCGUCCUCGCUUCUGCAGCUAUCGCUGUCCCCAACCCCGAGCCUUUCUGCUCCCAGCCCGGCCAGCCCUGCUGGAAGGUCACUCGUGCGGCCGCGGCUUUCGCCGACUCUAUGAAAUUCGUUGGCGGUCUCGAGUCCCGCGACGAGCACGGAAUCCCCAACGAGAUUGCUCUGUCCGCCAUCAAUGGCCUUGACCAGCUCUCCACCAUGAUCCUCUACGCCUCUGAGGACCCCAGUGCCUUCCGCCCCUACGGCGAGAACGGAACCGAGACUCGCGAAGUCGAAGUCCAGGAGGACAAGCGAUGGUGCUACCGCCCUGGCGAGCCUUGCUGGGUCCCCAAGCGAACCGACGAGAUCUCCGAGGAGAAGCGCGGGUGCUUCCAGAACGGCGGAGACUGCCAGAAGGCCAAGCGUGUCGCUGAGGCCGUUCUCGCAGCCACCAUCGAGGGCGAUGAGAAGCGAAGCGUCGAGGUCGAGUCUCCCGAGAAGAGAAUGUGCAACAGCGUCGGCCAGCCCUGCUGGAAGGCCCAACGCGAUCUUGAGCUCAUCCAGAACCUGGCUCGCGCCGCCGUUGAGGGCAUGUACUAG